CAGUGAGCUGCGGCACAGCCCGCGUCCCCGCGUCCCGGCCGCACGCUGCCCAACCAGGGCCAGAGCUGGGCCACCCGGGGCGGCAGGACCACCCUGCCCUGCCCGCUGCCCCCAGAGCCUCCCCGGUUCUCCUGGAAGCCACCGGUGACAGACAGCACAGAUGCCGGGCACAGCAAGGCAUGACCGUGAGAUGGCAAUCCAGGCCAAAAGAAACCUGACUAAAACCACGGACCCAGUAGAAAGACUUCGCCUGCAGUGUUUAGCAAGGGGAUCUGCAGGUAUUAAAGGACUUGGCAGAGUAUUUCGGAUUAUGGAUGAUGACAACAGCAGGACCCUUGAUUUCAAAGAAUUUGUGAAAGGAUUAAAUGAUUAUGCUAUGAUGAUAGACAAGGAAGAAGCACAAGCAAUUUUCCAGAUAUUUGAUAAAGAUGGCAGUGGAACAAUUGACUUUGAUGAGUUUCUUGUUACACUAAGACCUCCCAUGUCGAAUGCCAGAAAAGAAAUAAUCAUGCAGGCAUUUAGGAAGUUAGAUAAAACUGGAGAUGGUAUCAUAACAAUUGAAGACUUACGGGGGGUUUAUAAUGCAAAGCAUCAUCCUAAAUACCAGAAUGGAGACUGGACAGAAGACCAAGUGUUUAGGGCCUUUCUAGAUAAUUUUGAUUCACCCUAUGACAAGGAUGGAAAGGUCACAACAGAAGAAUUCAUGAACUACUAUGCAGGAGUCAGCGCUUCAAUAGACACAGAUGUCUAUUUUAUCGUCAUGAUGAAAAACGCUUGGAAACUCUAAUUGUGCGAUUAAAGGAACAAGACUUUAUUUCCACUUUUUGUUACAAAAGAUGAGUUUUUGAACUACUACGCUGGAGUUAGUGCUUCUGUGGAUAGUGAUGCCUACUUCAUUUUAAUGAUGAAGAAAUCCUGGAAACUCUGACUUUUGUUUUUGUUUGCCCCGAUCUCUUUGGAAUCAGAGACUAUAAAGAUAUAAAAUAUUACUAAACUCA